AUGGCGUUCUUGUUGGGCGAAAUUCUCCAAUCCGUGGAGCUGUGGCUCAAAUUGAUCAAGAAGCCGCAGCCAGAGGCCUACGUCAACCCUAAUCUUGACCCAGUUUUGCUGGUGCCCGGUGUCGGCGGCUCCAUUUUGCACGCCGUUAGUGACGCGGAUGGGAGCCAGGAACGCGUUUGGGUUCGCUUCCUCAGCGCCGAGUAUAAGCUGAAGACCAAGCUUUGGUCGCGUUAUGAUCCUUCCACCGGAAAAACUGAGUCUAUGGAUCCAAAUUCAACAAUUAAGAUUCCUGAAGAUAGGCAUGGACUCUAUGCAAUUGAUAUUUUGGACCCUGACUUGAUGAUUGGAGGUGAGGCUGUGUAUUAUUUCCAUGACAUGAUUGUUGAAAUGCGCAAGUGGGGGUAUCAAGAAGGGAAAACACUUUUUGGCUUUGGAUAUGAUUUUCGCCAAAGCAACAGGCUGCAGGAAACAAUGGAUCAGUUGGCUGCAAAAUUAGAAUCAAUUUAUCAUGCUGCAGGAGGGAAGAAGAUAAACAUUAUAAGUCAUUCUAUGGGUGGUCUUUUGGUGAAAUGUUUCAUGUGCCUGCAAAGUGAUAUUUUUGAGAAAUAUGUUAACAACUGGGUUGCGAUUGCUGCACCUUUCCAGGGUGCACCUGGAAACAUCAAUUCGACCUUUUUAAAUGGAAUGUCAUUUGUGGAAGGAUGGGAACAAAGCCUUUAUAUUUCCAAAUGGAGCAUGCACCAGUUGCUGAUUGAAUGUCCUUCGAUAUAUGAACUGAGGGGUUGUCCUAAUUUUCAAUGGCAACAUGUUCCUGUCCUGGAAUUGUGGCGCGAGAGACAUGAUUCUGAAGGGAAAUCACACACUGUUCUGGAAUCAUAUCCGCCAUGUGAUAGCAUUGAGAUUUUGAAGCAAGCUCUUGUAAAUAACACGGUUAAUUAUGAUGGUGAGGAUUUACCCCUGCCUUUCAACAUGGAUAUCUUUAAUUGGGCAAACAAAACAUGGGAGAUUCUAUCUUCGGCCAAACUUCCCUCGCAAGUUAAAUUUUACAAUAUUUAUGGGACCAAUCUUGAGACACCUCAUAGUGUUUGUUUUGGGAGUGGGGACAAGCCAGUCACAGAUCUGCAACAGCUACGUUAUUUCCAGGCCAAAUACGUAUGUGUCGAUGGAGAUGGAACAGUUCCUAUAGAAUCAGCUAAGGCUGAUGGUCUCAAUGCCGAGGCAAGGGUUGGAGUGCCAGGUGAACAUCGGGGUAUCCUUUGUGAGCCACAUGUAUUCCGGCUUCUCAAGCACUGGCUGAAAGCUGGACAUCCUGAUCCCUUUUACAACCCCCUCAAUGAUUAUGUGAUUCUACCUACUGCUUUUGAACUGGAGAGGUAUAAAGAGAAGGGUGUAGAAGUAGCUUCCCUAAAAGAGGAAUGGGAAAUUAUUUCCAAGGACCAAGAUGAACAAAGCAAUACAGCCGAUAAAAUGUGUUCCAUAUCAGUUUCACAUGAAGGAGCCAAUCAAUCUUAUUCUGAGGCUCAUGCUACGGUCGUUGUUCACUCAGACAGUGAGGGUAAACAUGUUCAGCUGAAUGCUUUGGCUGUUUCAGUUGAUGCCUCGUGA